UCGAAGCUUUAUCGUUUAUGAAAAAAUACUACAUACGCCCACCCACUCACGAUGUGAUCUAUAUAAGGGCUUUCGCCUCCCCCUUCUUCGAGAUGUGGAUAGUUCCGUAGACACAGCUAAGAAUUCACUACUCAAGACUUAAGUACUCUAGUCAUAGCCGACGUCCUAGCACCCGCCAUGGCAGUCUUCAAUGCGACGACAACGACCGAUCAGGUCAUCGACGCCUUUAAAUCACAAGUCAAGGGGCGUACAUUCGUCAUCACCGGUGCCGGAAAACCUAGUAUCGGUAGUCAGAUGGCCGUCGCUCUUGCAAAGGCUUCACCGAUGCACAUUCUAAUCGCAUCGCGAACCGCCAGCAGAGUUGAAACAGUUUUGAAGGAAAUCACCGAAAUCGAUAGCUCUAUUAAGACGACCUUCGUGCAGGUUGACUUAACCGAUCACGACUCGGUCCGACGAGCAGCCAAGGAAAUUCAAGCGGCAGCACCCAAGAUUGAUGUGCUUAUUAAUAGCGCUGGUAUCAUGGCUAUCAAGGAGUUUACCGUGGACAAGCAGGGCAUCGAACUACAGCUUUCCGCCAACUACGUUGGACAUUUCCUCCUGACGAACCUGAUCAUGCCAUCCUUGCUAGCCGCCAGCCCAGCCCGAGUGGUCAACCUCACCGGCUCAGGCUACCGCAUCACCAAGUUCCGCUUCGACGAUUGGAACUUCUCAAACGGAAAAGAGUACGAGCGAUGGACUAGUUAUGGACAGGCAAAAUUAGCUAGCAUCCUUUUUACCUAUGGCCUUACCAAACGUCUCAAAGACCGCGGUAUCACGUCAACCGCUUGCCACCCAGGUUACAACGGCGAUACACAUCUCGGCGACCACCUCACAUAUGAUGACUACGGCGAGGUACCCGAUAUCAUGAGACGUAAUAUGGGCAUGGAAUGGGAAUGGGAAGAGCCCCGAUUUAAGACGUUCGACCAGAUUCCCACCACCUCGCUCAUCGCAGCUUUGGAUCCAGAACUUCCAGCCAAGUCACCCGCCUACUUACAGAAUAGUCAAAUUCACGAGACGGAUGAGCAUGCAAGAGAUCCCGAGGGUGUCGAGAAGUUGUGGAAGCUUAGCGAGCAGCUUGCUGGGCAGAAGUUUGAAUACUGAAAAGUCAACCCCAGCCUUGUAUGUGGCUAGCUUACUAAGGCAGCGAAUAAAUACCAACAUCAAAAAUAUAGCACUAAGCGCUCCCACAAAACAUUCCCUAGGACCAAUUUCGGCCUU